UUGAGUAGUACCAUACAUAACCUCAACAUUAUGAUACUUACAAACAUCGCUAAACAAGUAGUGCGAACGAUGUCGACAUUUCGCUUGGCGUUGGUACAACUUGAAGUAAAUGAAGUAAAACGCAAAAAUGUAGAGCGGGCAGUUUCCUACAUUUCUAGCGCAAAAGAGCGCAAUGCUGAUAUUAUAGCUCUUCCUGAAUGCUUUAAUUCACCAUAUGGAAUACAGUACUUUCGAAAAUACGCCGAGAGUAUUCCUGAUGGUGAAACGAGCGUUGCUUUAUCGAAUGCAGCUAAAGAAAACAACAUCUAUGUAGUUGGUGGUACGAUGCCUGAAAUAGAGGGCGAUAAAUUGUACAAUACCUGUACUAUUUGGGGUCCCGAUGGAACUUUGAUAGCAAAACACCGAAAGGUACAUCUAUUCGACAUCGACAUUCCUAAUAAGAUUACUUUUCGAGAGAGUGAUUCACUCAGUCCUGGUAACUCCCUAACGACGUUCGAUGUGAAGGGCUGCAAAAUAGGUAUUGGCAUAUGCUAUGAUAUUAGAUUCGAGGAAAUGGCACGCAUUUAUCGGAACAAAGGUUGCCAAAUGCUGAUAUAUCCAGCGGCAUUCAAUAUGACCACUGGACCACUGCACUGGUCAUUACUUCAGCGUUCCAGAGCGAAUGAUAAUCAAUUAUACGUUGCUUGCAUAUCACCGGCUCGUGUUCCUUCAGCAAGUUACGUCGCAUGGGGGCAUACACAGUUGACCAAUCCCUGGGGAGAGAUUCUUUACGAUUUGGAAACUCAAGAGAAUAUGGCAGUCACCGAUAUCGAUCUAAAAGUUGUUGAGGAAGUAAGGGCUCAGAUACCUACAUUUUCUCAGAGACGUACAGAUUUGUACGACACUGUCUGUAAGAAGGAGUAACUCUACACUAAAACAGAAAAUGUUUUUUUAUAAUAUUUCUACUACGAUAUCCUUUUUUUGUGAAUUAUUACUAAUUUCUUAUCAUUUGUACUAAAUGAAUGACUCAAUUAAGAAAACCAAAACGUUAUAAAUAAUAAUCUGUAUAUCUUGUGUAUCAACAUGUAAUUGGAUAUUAUAAUAAUAUAGGAAUGCUAUAAUAAUAUAGGAUAAUAAUAUAGGAGAAUAGUAAUAUAGAAAAAAACUACAUGCUUUUAAACACCUUUAAUAUCGAUCACAUAAAUUGUUAUAAUUCACAAUGAUUACGCAUACAUAAAAGACCCCUUGAUAGUAAAAUUUACGAUCAAAAGGCAAUUACGUAUCGUUUAACAACAUUUAAUUUAUAACACCUUUUAAACAUUUAGACAGAUUAACACAUAACACUUCUUAUAUAGAAACAUCAAUUCGAAGUUAUCAGCUUGGAGAAAUUGGUCGAUUAAUACCUGUAGAUUGUCUGUCUCGAUGAAAGACUUAAAGAGAGCAAAAACAUGAUAAUGCCGCUAAUAUAAUAUUCCUUCUUUCUUGUAUCUGUCUGCCUCUCAGGUCGUUUUACUAAUUACAAUAAGUAAUUUCGCCUUCUUUGCGCUCUCUUUUAACGCAUUCGAGACCGAAAGAAAUUCAUAUCAGUCAGUAGGCAAGGGUAUAAUAUACAUAUUUUAUAUAUAACUUACGUAGUAAUGUAUAUAUCAUGUUAAUUUCAUAUUUUUUUCAAUAUAGAAUUAUUAUAUAUAUAUAUUUAACUGUACAUAAUACAUUAUAGAAUAACAUAGUAUAUAAUUUUAUAUUUUAAAAAUAUGAGGCAUACUAUUUAAGAUUGUCAUCGAUUUAAAAUCAAAGUAUGAAAAGGAUACCCUGGAGAGAGUAAAACACAGAAUCAUUCUAACUAAACAUUCAAAUCGUAGCGACACCUAGGUAUCGUCUUACAAUUAAAUCUCGGUCUCGAAUGGAUUAAAAUGAAAUACAUACUUGCAGCUUCAACAUCUUCAAUAUCGAGGAGAUUCAAACUUUACAAAUAAAUGUAAAUUGCGAUGUAAAACAAAGCGAUGUAAAAAGGGAAAAGGAGGAAAGAAGGAACAGGGAAGCAAAGAGAAGAAACGAAUUUUUCAUUUUCUCGAAACUGGAUCAAGUUUCAGGAAGGCCAUCCAAGUAAUUGAUGUCCUCUGUACUUAUUUGUUAAUCAUGCGCGGAAUCAGAACGAUUCGACCUCGUUCCAAAGCAAAUCGUUACUAGAGUAGAGACGGGAAUUAAUAAUUCGUGUCAAUUGUUCGAUCGUGUUCACAAAUUCAAAUGCGGUUGAGUAGCGGAAACCAUUUAUAACACGUCCCAUACAGCGUAGAUCGCAUACACGUCUUAGGAUGUAUUUUUGGUACUUAUAUAUACUCUAUAUAUAUUCUUA